AUGAAGAUACGUUCACAGAUUCUUAAAUAUAUGCAUUUGGAUAGAACUUAUUGUUUGCUUACAGGUAGGUGUUCCAGUUCAGAAGUCAAAUUGAUCUUUGUGGUUUUCACCCUUGUUGAGGGAAACGAAUAUUGCAUACACAUCGGUGGCAUAUUCAAAAAUUUUUGUCCUCAAAGAGUUUGUGUUGCAGUUAGUGUUUAAUCAAUCAAUCAAUCAAUCAAUCAAUAGUCUUUAUUUAUACACGAUAAGUAUUUAAAGCGACGCUUCGCUUGUGGGGUCGUGAAUAUACCCGGUGGGUUCCUAACUAAGAGGGAACGUGUAGCAGACUGUUUUUUGUACAUUUAUUUGCCUUCGCCGCACGGCUACGACGUUCAAUUCUCUUACGACAGACGUACUUACUGGCCGACGAAUUUCUCUUUCCGGGUACUUUUAAACAUAGGUUUGGUCCCUAAGGAAUUGUCCACACGUGGUGCCCGGCGGGGCACAACAUGGGGUUGUAUUCACACCUUUAGUGCCCGGUAUGUGACUGUGUACAUAGUUACUUCAGCGAGUUCAAAGCAAUAGACUGCCCCAUAGGAACUAACAAAGACGGUGUGUAUACAGGGACCCAGUGCUUACCUUCGUGCCCGAGUACAAGGUCUCGAUGUUGUUGUACUCGAGCACCGGCCGCUGGCACCGCGCCCGAAUUCUAGCGUGGACACUUGAAAAAAGGUUGUCAGUUAACGUUAGUACCCAGCAGCGAGUGCGGUACUCGGCGGGCACGGUGCCCAGGAACCUAGUGUGAACGCUUCCUAAGAAUUCACUCUCAGGGAAACCCGCCUACAUAUGACAUUUAAAACGAGAUGGAAUAAUCGAUCGCAACAACGUUGCGCUGCCGUCGCUGAACCUAUGGGUAUUACACUGAAGAAGGGGGAAAGAGCGCUAAUUCUAUUUUCUAUGAUGUAUGAUAUGUUGAUGAGAACUUCUGCGCAGGAGACGGAAAGAGAGAAAGACAAUUUUUGUAUUAUCAUGCAAUGGUCAGAAGACAUUGAGUAACCGAUUGCUUAAUAUCUGAGACAAAAUUCGCAGACGAUUAAACCCCAAAAAUUUAUAAAGAGGUAGCUUGAACUUGGUCAACUUCGCAAAUGGCUUUUUGAUCAAACCUAACUUAAAUAAUUAUUAAAAAUCUACCGAAAAAAUAAAACCUUUCUUCUUCCCGUGUAGAUUAGACGCACCAAAUGAUCCUUGCCAUUGGUGUUCAUACUGUUUACUUCGCCAUCCUCUUCAUUAUCAUCAUCACUAUUAUCAUAUCGCCAUCGUAGUCGUCAGCAUUAUCAUUAUCAUUAUCAAUAUCAUGACUAUCACAAUCGUCAUUUAGCAUGUAAGUUUUUUUUAAAGAGUGUUUCCUUUCCUUGUCAUUGAAACUUCUUACUAUUAGUGUUAGCUACCUCUCUUUUUUGAAGAUUAUUUCCAAUAUUCUUAUAGUAAAAGAACUGGUCAAGUUAAAAUAUCACGUAAACCUCAAAUGAAGAAAGUUAGUGAUGUUAAGUUUUUAUUAUAAUUCCUCUCCUACAUCAACGCUUUCUAGUAAACAAUGCCUGACCUUGAGUUUUAAACGGGGAAAGUAAGAUAUAAAACUGUAUAAUUUCAGAGUUAAAAAGUCCUACCUCUGUGUCUGUUGUAGGUAGGAAUGUUCGCAUUAUUCUGGAACUAUUUCGCCUGAUCGAUGUUCAUGAUGAAAUGGCCCUCAACGAUGUACAGUUCUGUGCCUUUAUGAAGACUGCUACUGAUCUUAGUACCAACCAAAUUUACAAAGUGUUCGACAUGCUAGAUGUGGACGGAUCAGGAUCCAUGGAUUUUGAUGAAUUUUACCUCCUUAUUUGUAUCUUGAUCGCCGUGCAGGAUAAAGUAGAAAAGAACUUCAUUUACCGUCAUUCACGCACUGUGUUUGACCUUCUUGAUGAAGAUAGCAGCGGGAAUAUUUCCGCUUACGAGUUCGAGACUUUUGGAUUUCUGUUCAAUCUGCAGGGAGAAGCCAUUCGUACAAUCUUUAGUGAAUUUGAUGUUUCCGGCGACCAGGUA